AAGCGUGGAGGUAGUUUCAUUCAAAAACUUGCAGAUUUGACACUGCACCGUUGCUGCUUUACCUCGGAUUUAAUAUAUCGAUCAUAAAAUGAGGAUAGUUUACUUUGCCGCUUUUGUCUUGGUCGCAACUGGAGUCUGUGGAGAUAAGAAGAACAGCUGUAGUGACCUAGAGCGACAAUGUAUGGACGCAGCAAUGUUUUACAGCAAUUCCAGCGAUUACCAAACACUGACAAACGCAUUCCAAACCGGCAAUGUCAGUUUUAAUGUUGCGGCCGUUGCUAAUCGCACAUGCAGGCACAACGAGAACGUUUUGCGGUACUGCUUGUGGUCCGCACAAGCUUGUGAUCAGCCGCUAUCACAAGCCGGUUUGGAAGCAUCACUUCCGGUUUAUGAAAUCUGUGAUUCCCCUUUGUUGGGUUCAUAUGUUACCAGUCUUAUAACUUGCAACAAGAAGCUAGGCUUUCUGAACCUUUUUACCGAGAUUGUCGUAAAUGUUACGAACCAAAUGACUGGGAAUGACUGGAGCACCGUCCAAAAUCUGAUGAACUACCAGUGCCGACUCUACCAGGAAAUGCGCAUUUUGCUGGAUACUCACUGGCGUACAAUUAUUAACGUUUGUGGGGCAUCCGAUUAUAAUUCUCUUGAAGCAUUUUAUCACGACCUGAACUCAGCUUAUAAAUGCAUAAACGGCAUAUCCCAUUAUAACACUACAACAGCAACAAAUUCCACCGUCGGGCCAACCGAGCAGCCGUGGUGGCAGACCACGCCCAGUUGGUGGAAUUACAACACAACCUACGCCCCGUGGUGGCAGACCACGCAGAGCUGGUGGAGCAACUAUACAACCGCCAUUCCGUGGUGGCAAACCACCCAGAGCUGGUGGAGCAACUACACAACCGCCAUGCCAUGGUGGCAGACCACACAAAAUUGGUGGCAGACCAAUACGACGAUGCAGCCGCCCGUGGUGGAAAUUCCCUCCUACUUAUUGACUCCCUUCAACGUCACCUGCCGUCGGGGAAAUGUCAAUGUUUCCGAACCGGAUUUGGAUUUGGUGGAUUCCCUGGUGAUGGUGUUCGACGGUGACAACACGCUCUACUGCCGCCUUAUCCUCAACGAUCUUCAUUCCUGGAUCUUAGCCAGAUCGGGAAAAACCCGCGAGAAACGCGCGUCCGACUACGAACCGGUCAAAGUUGACUGCUCGCGCGGCAACCUGACUAUUUCCAGCGUCGAUCCGGGUACAUCGGAAUCUACCGAUUUGGUCUUCCGCACCGGCGGAUCGAAGGCAUGCAUCACUAUGUAUCGAGAAUUUUUGACUUACAUUGGUGGAUUUUAUAGAAGUGGGCGGCAUGCUGAAUAGCGUAAAAAAACCACUUGAGUUUUUACGCCGUUUUGGAGGCAUGAAAAUAAUAUAACUUUCACUACAUCACGGGAAUAUUAAAAGAAUUACUGUUCAUUGGAUUCGGACUGUAUAGGCAUAGGUCAAUGU